UCACUGCAAUUUUUCGUUCUUUUCAUCGGAAAAUUUGUGAACUUUCCCACUUUUUGUUUCGAAAUUCGGGAAAGAUUUCAAUAAGACCUGUAUAAAAAGCGUGAUAAAUUGCAGAAAUAAGUGUUUAAAUUGAGAAACUUGAGUGUGUAAAUAAAUAUGGGGAAUGUUUUGGCCGCAUCGUCUAGCUCUAGCUCAUCGCUGGACGCUGCCAAACUGGGAUUACCAGAAUUGUCAAGUCCAUCGCAGAGCCCUUCCGCUACUUCAGCGACGUCUGCGGCGUCUUCUGCCAACGACGGAGGAGAUUUAAAGGAACAAAAGCUUGAGAAUCCUGGAACUGUUGAAGAACUGCAUAAGAAAUGUAAAGAUAUUCAAGCUAUGACCUUUGAAGGUGCGAAAAUUAUGCUGAAUAAAGGCUUAAGUAAUCAUUUUCAAGUUUCGCAUACUUUAAACCUCUGCAGUACACAGCCAAGUGGGUACCGAUUUGGUGCUACUUAUGUAGGUACCAAACAGUUCGGGCCAUCAGAAGCUUUCCCAGUAUUGCUGGGUGACAUUGAUCCUUCCGGAAAUCUAAACGCCAACGUUAUACACCAAUUUACUCCGCGCAUUCGUUGUAAAUUCGCCUCGCAAAUUCAAGAUUCUAAACUCACAGCUGCCCAGUUAACAACUGAUUACCGUGGUGAUGACUACACAGCCUCCCUAACCGUUGGCAAUCCAAACAUUUUUAAUAAUUCUGGCGUUUUUGUUGGUCACUAUUUACAGUCAGUAACUGAUCACAUUGCCCUUGGUGCAGAGCUUGCCUACCAAUAUGGUCCUAAUGUACCGGGCGGCCAAAUAGCUGUGGUAUCAGCAGUUGGUCGUUACACACAAGCCGAUUCUGUGUGGUCGGGAACUUUGGGACCUGGUGGCAUUCAUAUCUGCUAUUAUCAAAAGGCCAGUGAACAACUGCAAAUUGGUGUUGAAGUAGAAACUAGUCUAAGAAUGCAGGAGGCUGUUGCAACGAUUGGUUAUCAAGUUGAUUUGCCGAAGGCUGAUCUCGUUUUCAGAGGUUCCUUCGAUUCCAACUGGAAUGUGUGCGGUGUGUUGGAGAAACGGUUGCAACCGCUUCCGUUUUCAUUUGCUUUGAGCGGACGCUUGAAUCAUACCAAAAAUCAGUUUAGACUCGGUUGCGGCUUGAUAAUUGGAUAAUUAGCUUCUCAGUUAAUAGGUGUAAAGGGAGCUGAGUCUGUAACUGCAGCAACAGUUGCAGAGAUAAAGACGGAGAGUUUAGUAUAACAACAAUUACAGUAGUAUCAAACAACACAACAACAACAGUAGAAGGGCUGGCAGAAAAUAUCAAAACAAAUAUACGUUUAUCAAAGACUACAACUUUUAUUUACGAGAACAAUGACUAUUCAAAACACUUACAUUUACAAUUCGUAGUUUUACUUCUUCCGUAAAGAAGAAUUUCGAUAACGGUGAAAUAUUAGUGGCACGUUCGUCAACUUUGGAACGACAUUUAAAUUGCAUCAGUGAUUAUUAUAUUUAAAUUGCCGUUCUAUUUGUCAAAAAUUCACUAUUGUGCAACUCUACAAUAACACUUUCCAGUAGAUUUCACUUUUAACAGCAAAGAGCGACAGCAAAAUAUGGAAAAGAAUUAACAAUUUAAGAAGAGCAGCGGUACGAGAAUAUACGCAAACAACGCUAAUGCUCUGUCCAAUUUUAGCAAUACACGUCAUUGUUGUUACAGUUAAUUAAAUUUGAUUUACAAACUCCUUUUUGUAGUUAAACAAUUUGUUAUCAACAAAACCGAAAUUUGCCUUUUAAUUGUUUGAAGAAAUUUUACUUUUAACAACAAAAUUCAAAUUAAAACCAUUCAAAUUUAUUGUUAAGAAUAAAUAAAUGAAAUAUAGAAUUAUACAUACAUACAUAGAUGUCAUUAUCUGCGUGGUCUGACUGCUCUAAAGAGUUGCCCACGGACGAUACGGAGAGAAGGCAGCACCCAGUUCACUACUUAAACGGCAGCAGACGGCAGUUAUCUACAUAAGUAUGUAAUUAGACAUGUUUGAAAAGUAAACCGAGUUUAUGCUUAAUUGCUACUUUGUUAUGUUGUGUAAACACAUUCGUUUUUGUUGUUUGCGAGUGUCAAACCAAAAAUUAGUACAAAUGAUUUGCAUUUGUUUGAUUGCCAAACUCCUUAACAAAUACAAAAACAAAAAAAGUUCAUUUAAUAUAUAAUACUGCUAUUGCGAACUGCGCAAAAUACUGAUCUAUGCAUUUGUAUGCUUUUAAUUAUUAACUUAAUUUACCGCACUUACCGUUGCAAGUGCCGAAUUGUGUUUAUUUUUAUUGUAGCUUGCCUUUAGUUGUUAAUUUUGCCAGGAGUGGCCACGAUGGGAGCUGGCAAUGGAAUAAAUGAGAAAGAAAAACUCAAAAAUAACACAAAGAGCAUUAAUAGUUAAAGUUGUAUAAAGUAAAGCAAAUAAACACACAAACAAACAAAAACUGAAAAUUAUUAUAAAAACAACAAUUAUACUAGUACGUAUGCACCAACGGCAUGCGCCAGCUCAGUUAUUUUCACGCAUUCAGAAAUAAAGUUGAAAAUGUUAAGUUGAACUAAA